UGUCUGCUAAUUAUACACUUUUUCUUUACAAGCAUUUUUUUUUAAUUUUAUUUUGAUUUGUCUACAGAUUUUUUUGUUUCUUAUUAAAAUGAUCAAAUUAGUUUUGUGUUUCAUGUUUUGCUAUUUGACAACAGCAGAGCCUAUAGUAUAUAAAGACUGCCCUGGAGAUAACCUUGGACAUGCUACAGCUGUUACCCUGAGUCCGUGUCCCCAACAGCCUUGUACAUUUAAACAUGGGGAUAAAGUCACUGUUACUAUAACUUUCAAUGCUGCCAAUGAUACAAGCAUUCUUCACUCCAAAGUAUUUGGUAUUGUCGCUGAUAUCCCAGUACCCUUCCCUCUGCCCAACCAAGAUGGAUGUCGAGACAGUGGAAUUAACUGUCCUAUUACCAAAGGUCAAACAUACACGUACACAUCGUCAUUUGACGUUCUCCCAACUUAUCCUCAGAUUACUCUUGUAGUCAUGUGGAAACUUGAAGGCGCCACUGGAAACUUUGUGUGUUUCACAUUCCCAAUGUCUAUUUCUGACUCCGGAGCAGUAGUAGGUUAACAAGAUCUGAUGUCAAGAGAUGUUAUUGAUUGAAUUAUUUCCCUAAAAGAACUGACGAAAAAAAUAAAUGUAUACAAGUAUUAA